AUCUAAACUCAGUUGUAUGAGAGAGAGAGAGAGAGAGAGAGUUGGUUGUCAUAAAUUGAAUGAGGUUAGUGUUUAAGUAGCAGAGUGGGGUGCAGUUGCCAUGGCGGCGUUGCAGAGCUCUAAUUCCGUGCCAUUAUUAUUGCUUCGGACGACAGAAUAAGAGAAUUGGAGCUCUGAGUGAACCAAGAAAUCCUCUUUCUUCCCAUGUCUCUUACCCUUAAAAAAUUCCGUAUCUUUGCCCACAAAAGCUGCAAAACCCCAACAACGAAAAUCACAUGCUCUCUAAGUCAGAGUAGUCUGAAACACAAACCAGGUCAAAACUGUAACCAACGCUCUCCGACUCGCUGUCUCUUUAAACUCAACACCAAGGUUGUUUACAAUUCCAACCCUCAAGUUCCCGAAAAUCACGAUCUGUCUUCGAAGAUUUGGUUAUUACUUGGUGACAACAACGUUCUGCUAUGGAUUUUUGGUCAGAACUGAGGUCUUCUGUUGUCGUCGUCUCGGGUAUUGGGUGCAAAAAAUGGCUGGGUUUUUCUAUCUAGGUGGACGAGAAGGCCAGCAAAACAAACAAGAGGAGGAAGAAGAAGAUAAGCAAGAGCGGAACCUGUUUUUGUACAGAAACGAGGAGAUCUGCAACAAAGGGUUUGAGUUAUGGCCACAGUACUAUUCGCAGCAGCAAAACUUGAGCAACUACUACUCGUUUGGAGUGGGUCCUAGUCGAAGAAACCCCAGCAGCGUCUCUGAUAAUCAUGAGCCGUCGAGAUCCGGAUUUACGUUGAUAAGUCAGGCCGGAGGACUAGGAGGAGGCAUGAAUUGCCAAGACUGUGGAAACCAAGCCAAGAAAGACUGUUCCCAUCUCAGAUGCAGGACAUGUUGCAAAAGCCGAGGGUUUCAGUGCCAAACCCACGUAAAGAGCACUUGGGUUCCUGCCGCUAAAAGGCGCGAGCGGCUACAACAGCUCGCAGCUUUACAACAACAGAUACAGCCACAUGACCAACAACAGCAAGAUCAACAUCAAGAACAACAGCAACAGCUUCGAGGAGACAAUCCCAAAAGGCAGCAGAGAGACAAGCAAUUAGGAGCGGCCCCUCUUGCUUGCACCCGUAUACCCAACACCACGUCAGGGUUGGAACUGGGACAAUUUCCAGCUGAGGUGAACUCUCCAGCGGUCUUUCGCUGUGUAAGAGUAAGCGCGAUGGAAGAUCCGGAUGAGCAGUACGCGUAUCAAACAGCUGUAAACAUUGGAGGACAUGUUUUCAAGGGAAUUCUCUACGAUCAAGGCCGCGACGAUCGUUACACCCCAGGCGGGGAGAGCUCCUCAGGCGGCGAUGGAGGCGGAGCUCAACAUCUUAAUCUCAUUAUGGGAGCCCCCACCUCCACGACAGCAACCACUAGUAACCCAUCUGCUACGUUGCUUGAUCCUUCACUAUAUCCAGCUUCGCUCAAUGCUUUCAUGGCUGGUACGCAAUUCUUCCCUCCCCCCAGAUCGUAGAAACCUCUUUAAGAUAGUCUCAAAUCUGUCACUCUUUUUAGAGUUGUUCUCGUUAAGUUUUAAAGUAUUACUUUGUAAAACCCACCACUGAAGUAACUAGAAGUCACAGGAAUUAGAAACAAUCGAGGAUGAUGAUGAUAUGGGGGCUGCUUGAUUUUGUUCGAUUUUCAAUUCAGAUUUCCUGGUUAUUUUGAUCUUA